AUGAACAUAUUCAGAACCCUUAUGGGGAAGGUCUGGCACGACCCAAACGCUGCGGAGGUUGUCAAGAUCUCCACUGGACAGCUCUAUCUCGUACGACCGGAGAACAUUCGUAGUUCCAGGGAGUGCAUCUAUAACGAUGCUAUGGCCACUGUUCGACGCGUGCCACAACAUCCGCACGCUUUCUCGCUCGUGAUCACGAGGGUGUACGAAGAAGGGGACCAGGAACUGCUUGAAGACGAAGACGAAACCGAUGAGGAACGAACCUUCCUGAUCGGCGAAGAACUAUGCUUCCGCACAGGCAAGACACCGGAAGGCGAACCAACGCUCAUCUGGCGAGACCUCGAAGGCGAUAUAGACGAAACAUACGAGUUCGUCGCCACGGGUACGAACGAACCCACCGUUGCGUUCUUCGAGACGUGUAUGUACAGGGCGAUGUACGAGCGUAAAUACCAAACGAGCGCCGACAACACGACCGAUGCUGAUCUGCAAGAGUUCACCUGGCAACCACCAGCGAAGAAACGGGUCGCCGCGAAAGCGAGGUCUGCGUCAGGAUCGGCGGCGGCGGCAACCUCCGCUGGCCCCGCACCUCCCGUUGCCCCGCCUGCAACCCGCCCAAAGGUUGAAUCUGCGGCCGACGCACUGCCCACUCUUGUCGACGAAUCCGCUGAGCUUUGGCUUUGGGAACCCGAUAACGAACAAUACUCGAAAUAUGCCGACGUCACCGUGCGCAUCGUGUCCAAGCCUGAGGCGCCUUUCGCCUACUAUUUAGUCGCCACCAGCGCGGAUGGGGACGUGCUCAUGCACGCUAUCACCACUGACAUGAGCGAACGUUACUCUGCCAAGAUGUUAUCGUUCACGUGGUGUCAUCUCUCCGAAAGAGGUGGCGCUAGCAGCAGCUGGUGUCUGAGAUUUGAAGGGGAGGGCAGUUUUGAGAACUUCAUGGACGCAUUCACCAAGGCGAAAUGGGAGACGUUGAAUCAGGUGCCCUGGGGCAAGAUCAAGGAGGAUGAGCAGCAGUACGUGAAACGUGCGAACCUUGACGAAGACGUAAUCAUGGCGGACCCGGAGGAUGACGAGGAUGAAGAGGAAGACGUCGCUAACGAACUCGACCCUGAUCUAGAAGCGAGCGACGAGGAAGAAGAGGAGGAAGAGGAAGACGCAGACGCGCCAAAGCUCCCUAAAGGCGAACGCAACUCCCAACUCACUGUGGGAUACAAAGGAGAUCGCUCUUAUGUCUCUCGAGGUGGGAAGAUUGGUGUCUUCCGUUAUGAUGAAGACGGCCAUGUCAAGUACCAGAGCACGCUCAACAAGCUCGCUACGCCGAAGGGGAAAGAGUUCGAUCCAAAGAGGAUGAUGCUGCACGACCAAGAUACGACGAUGGUCAUCAUGAAUCCGCUGGAGCCCCAUGCGCUGUAUAGCAUGGACAUCGAGCGCGGCAAGAUCGUCGAAGAGUGGAAAGUACACGAUGAUAUCACGGUGGACCACAUGGCGCCCGACAACAAGUUCGCCCAGAUGACGACUGAGCAAACGCUCGUCGGUGCCUCCGGGAACGCACUCUUCCGCAUCGACCCCCGUGUAUCGGGCAAUAAGAUGGUUGACUCCCAGUACAAACAAUAUGCCGGCAAGAACAAGUUCUCUGGCGUCACUACGACCGCUUCUGGAAAACUCGCCGUCGCUUCCGAGAAAGGUGACAUCCGUUUGUUCGACACUAUCGGGAAGAACGCGAAGACGGCUCUGCCGCCCUUGGGUGAUCCGAUCCUGGGUAUUGACGUGACCGCAGAUGGACGAUGGAUCGUGGCCACCACUAAGACGUAUCUCCUCUUGAUCGAUACAUUGAUUGGCGAGGGAAGAUAUGCAGGUCAGCUAGGCUUCGACAGGAGUUUCCCCGCCACCGCGAAGCCGAUCCCAAGGCGCCUGCAGCUACGUCCGGAGCACGUUGCCUACAUGGGCAAUGAAGUUUCCUUCACUUCAGCGCGGUUCAACGUGGGCGAGGGUCAGACAGAGAACGCCAUCGUCACUUCCACUGGUCAAUAUAUCGUUGCCUGGGACUUCAACAAGGUCAAGAAGGGCCAGCUUGACAAGUACGAAAUCAAGAAGUAUGAAGAUCUGGUCGUCCAGGACAGCUUCAGAUUCGGCGACGACAAAGAGAUUAUUGUUGCCCUACAGAACAACGUUCUGAACAUCAACAGGAAGAACUUGAAGCGUCCCACUCGUGCCUCGCUUGCCCCUGGCCCUCGAAUCAGCCGCUCUGGCAUCGUGAACAGUCCUUAUUAG